GUGGUUAGUUCAAGGCAUUGGCCACUCAUAUCUAAAUACCGAGCAGCAGUUCGUACUCAGUCACCAAAGACGGAGAUGGUCGAUUCCCUUUUGAAGAAAGUGUCUGAUACUGAGGACAAAGGCAUUUUCAGGGAGGCAUUGAUGGAUUUAUACAGAAGUUCACGCAAGAAACCGAAGCAAAUUAUUAUCUUUCGGGAUGGGGUGAGUGAGUCUCAGUUCAACCAAGUUCUCAACAUCGAACUCGAGCAGAUGAUCGAG